AUGAGUGGAAGUACCGGUGGAAACAUGGCGACUGGCGACGCAAAAGACAGCAAAGAAAUUCCACCGGGAACGAAAGUGGUUUGUACCACUUGCUUUGAUGAAAAAAUUGAAGGAGAAGUUGUGGCUUUCGAUUACGGAGCCAAGCUUUUAGUAAUUAGUAUCCUUUUUGCUUUCAUCGCUCGUUUUUUUUUUUGAGGCAACGCGUUGCCGGUAGCAGAGUCUCAUGGUGCGAAGGAUUCGCCAAAGGAUCGUGAGCUGCGAUUUUUACACCAUAAUCGAAAUGUUGAAUUUACUAAAACAGGAUCUUCAAUUUUAGGGAUUUUUAUAUUUUUGGUAGUAUCUAUGUUGUUUUUACAUGUGUUAAAUUAAUGCUGUGAAUUUGUUUUGCAAGCCGUUACAGAUUUUAUAAACGUCUUCUUUCGAUGUAGGAAGUGUAAAAUAUUUUUCGAUGAAGUUGUAAUUCAAAGGUGUCAUUAAUUAAACACAUUAGAAUUUUUUAUCGUUUUCAAACAACAGCGGUCAUCGAUGAUUAUCCUACUCGGUAAGGACAUUUCACGUUUAAUGUCACAGUGAUUUCUUCUUUCGCGGAUUUUAAUCAAGCGAGGGACCCAAACAGGAAGCGAGGAGGGCAAGAAUGGGCUUAUCCCAUGCAAGAUAUUUUCUUCUCGCAUUUUGUCUGAGGUGUGUCGCUGUUUUGAGUAAAGUUAAGUUUAUAAAGCUCUUUUGAUUCUUUGCUGUUAGAUGGCUUCUUCCUAAGAGGAUGUCAAUGGUGUUGACUAUUUAGCUUGAAAUUUUUUUGUGUGUGUGGCUGACUUAAAAUUGAGCUGAUUUGCUUAGGGUUAGGGUUAAGGCAAUUGAACAAAUGAAACGAGUAAAUGGUUUCCUUAGAGAAUUCCAUUAUCUGGAAAAAUGUAUUUAUUUUUUUCAUCAUCAACCCCUUCUGUACCUUGCAAAGAUGGAAACCAGGGGAAGUCAUCAUGUCUGCCCACUAAGAGAAUUGGAAUGAGAGGUUAAGGUCAAUGUGAAAAAACUUAGUGGUUUGCCUCACACCAAGUGGAGUUCUUAACCUUGUAAUGUUUUGUGUGAAUUUAUUUGUUUACUGAUUUGGUCUGCAGCUCUAGCCUUUGUGCUAUAAACACUACUAAGCUUAAUCCAUUUCAGAGAAAUGUUUUUAAGUGACUGACAAAAGAAAUACAGGAUUGCACUUUGAUAUGUGAUUGGUCCAGAGAACUUGCGCUAUCGUCUCAUCCAAUAAGAUCUAAAACUGAGACCAAUGGUGACUUGGACACCCAUGUUUCCCCUGCUUUUAACAGUUUGUUUGUUUGUUUGUUUUUAUUUACAUUGUCAUUAGCUGUUUGUGAUUUUGACCUUUGCUAUGAUUAGCUAUAUGAUUACUUUGGUUUUUGUUGUACAAUACUUAACCCUUCAACUCCCAGAUCACAUUUGUAAUUCUCUGUACUGCCAACCAUAGAAUUCUUAUAAUGUUAGUUCAGAGAAUUUAGUAUUGAAUCAACUAAUUGUCUCCAAAUUGUUAUUUUCUUUAUUCUCAUCUCUUAUCUGAUUGAUAUUGUAUUGAUAUUGUGAUGAUAUUCACAAAAGCCAAGCGUGGUCUAUUAUUGUGUAUGCAUGUACAAACCAAGGUUUUAACUGUAAAUUAUCCAUUUAUAUGUAAAAGUGACUCUCUAUGAUCUACACCAAUUGAUUCAUUGUUACUAGAGGAUACAAUAUUAUCAUUUAACCUUAACAAGCUGUGUAGAAUCUUCCAAGAACCCCAAGAAAAAUGUUACAGAUAUAAGGAUGUUGAACUUGGCUCGCAUGAAGACGCUGAACGUUUCAGAAGUAUCCAACAAACCACCUCCUUCUCUGCCAUGUGUUGAACAUGACAAAAUUGAUAAAAAGAUUGCAUUAGCUCUUGAGCAGAAACGACGAGCAGUAGAGAAAAUAGGCAUCAAUGUAACACCAGGAGCCCAAAAGCUGUUCGACACCAUAAACAAAACGUAAGUUUUACAAAGUUCCAGGUUGUGUGUGUGUGGGAAAAUUAAAGUUGGUUUCCUGGGCAAAUUUUUCAAGUUAUAUACUCUCUAAAAAGGCCAAAUUGAUUGAUUGCAAUAAGCUUUUCACUUCCUCCAAACAUUUUUGUAGAAAAAUUGUUUGGAGAGUUGUUAGAUGUUCAUUACAAAAUGAUUAUUUUGGACAAGUGGCAUGGUUGAGUGAUGUCGGAGACAAAAUGACACAAAGCCAUGUAAUAUGUCAGACAUGAUUUAAAUACCAAUUUUGAGAGUAGUAUACACAACUUUUAGGCUUGAUGAAAUUACAGUUUUAUCCUAACAAAGUUUUUUUUUUUAAUUUGGACUUUCUGCUUGACAAUGUAUCUCCAUAAAAAUGAGCAUAAAUUCAAUUUAGUUUUAUUUUAAUUAAAUAAAGCAAGAAUAUUCCAUUUUUUAAGUCAAUUAGUUGCAGAAGAAUAUCAGUGACAUCCUUGUCUCUAUUUUGAAUCACCUUUUAAUUUAUCACAUUUUGAUCCAUUAUUCAAUUAGGAGGGGGACAUGGAAUUACAUCAGAACUAGUAUUUUAGAACAAACAGUUAUGACUGCUUCAUUUUAAUCAGUUUAUUAUUUUGCAACACAAGGUGUGAUCUUGUGGAGAGACAAUACUAAGUAAAUGAAUCAGGCGGCUGGUAUGUUGGCUGAUAAUGUUGAGAUAUUGUCCCAGACUGAAUAUUUGGCAGAGAAGCAAAGCUUUAAAGGCAAAUGUAAAAUUUUGAGGAAAAUUUCUGAGCCAAGGACAUUAUCAGUAGACAUAUCAGCAAGCCAGGAGGGGUUUGAUUAUUUCAUAACCAUUCCAUUAAUUUUUGUAUGGUGCACUGACUGCAAAUUUUGGCGAGUGUUUUGUUCUUUCCAAAGCAGCAUUUAAGAUCAGCUUUUUUAUGCCACUACCAAGCUUAUUGCAAUCAAUCAUAUAUUUUUCAUCCAUGUAAAGUACUAAACACGAAAAAGUGAAACUCUUCAGAUGGCUUUUUUCUUCUCUUUUUUUCUUCUUAUUGAUGGCAAUAAUCUCAGGAAAAAUAUUAUUGUAAACAGGGAUGAUUGCAUGAUAACUGAUAGGUGAUUUUGUACCCUGUGGUGUAAAGUAGCCAAUUGAGUUGAACAAAAAAACAGGAAAACAUGAAAGGAACCCUAAUGUAGUUAAUAUAAGUAUCAUGUUGUAAAAAAAAAAAAAAAAAAUUUUUUUGGCUAUACUAAGAAUGGAUACAUUCAUUCCAUAGAAUUAAUGAAGUCAAGUGGAAUGGGAAAAGUAUUGUGGUCAUGAAUGAAGUAACAAUUGAUCCACCUUACCAGGAGAGUGAUUGUCAUGGAAAUGAAAAAUCUCGCGAACACAUUAUCAAGAUUGUAAGUAUUCACAAUGAAUGAGAAUUGAGACCACUUACAUCUCACUCAAAAAAACCUUUUUGCUGUUUUGUUUUGCCUGUUUGCAGCUAAUUAUGUUGAUUCUAGCUAUAUCUCACUCAAAACAACAUUUUUUUUAUUUUUGCUGCUAAACUACACUCUUUUCAGCUUUAUUGCUCCAAAAACCUUUUUUUGUGCUUGUUUGCUGUUGUUACGUUGUUUUUUAGCUUUCUUACACUGAACCUGGUUAUUUGGCCUGUUUGCAUCUAAUCACAUCGAUUCUGUUUGAAUUGGUUUGAUUUUUGAGGGUUGAGUUAAUGUAACAUCUUGCCUAGUAAAGGUCUGGGUUCAAGUCUCAUCCAGGUCCAUGUGAUGUGUUCUUGGGCAAGACACUUAAUCUCACAGUGCCUCUGUCCCCUCAGGAGUAUAAAAGGGUACUAGUAGACUGCUUGGGAAAUAAUGUGAACUGCCGGGGGGUUGCCUACAAUGGACUAGAAUCUGUUCUGUAUUUUUUCCCUGUUCUACAGUCUUAUACUGUCGCAUAUUUUGUGUAUUCCAGUGCCCUAAUAUGAUAAAAUGGCAUAAUUGUGGAAUCAUAAUAACACCCCACAUCUCUAGAUUCCACACUGCAUUGCUCUAACACUGAGCCACAGACUCAAGGCCAUUGUAAGGUUGUACUGCUUGUGUUGUAUAUUUUUUUAAGGAGCUUUCAACUGUCUGUUCCUUCCAUUUAGGUCAGAAAGCAUAAUGAAGAAGAAAGUAACCAGCCUGGAUAACAAAAGUAAAUCACAAAGCUGCUCAAAAAUAAUUUAAAAAGGUUUUCAAAUGAGGAAGGAAUGAAGAGUUUCCUCCACAGUCCCAAUGCCGAGGUUGCUUGUUUCUGGUAGCUGGCUAAUUGGCACGUAUGCAGACAGAAUCCAAAUGAAGAGGGCAUUGCACAUGUAGGGAAAAGCAUUAGCAAAAGUGUGGGAUGAUUCUCUCCAUACAGAGCCCAGUAAGGAAACCAGCUCUUGCUGAUGUCCACGGUCACCUGGUGUGCUCUUGUGGACGGGAGUAACAGCUACACCAAAUGCACCAUAAAUUUUUUUCUUUCCCAUAGUCUUGGGGCCUCUUCAUAUGAGCCUGGCUUAGGCUGGUUCAGUGUCCCACACCUUGCCACAGC